AUGUUUCAAAAAAAGAAGCAAACAGCAGCGACUACUGAUCAUAAAGUACAGCGGCUGAAGAUUUCUGGUCGAACAGAAGCUGUAGCUUCAUCUGCUCAACAGCGUAUCUACAUGCAUGAAAAUCUUUAUUUUAGUGGUUCCGAUUUGUCUGUCUACAAUAGUCUGAUUCCAUUACAGAUCAAACGGGGUUCUGUGUCGAUAGAACAUAUUCGUUUGUCCUUGGUUUCAUUAAUUCAGCAGCAUACCAUUCUUCGCACUGCCAUUCGUUUCAAUCCAAUUAGUAAUCAGAUUGAACAAUACAUUCAACCGCUCACCGACGAUAUCUAUUCGUUUCAACAUUCCCGAAGUGUUUCUACACUGGAACAACUUGAUCGCCUGUUGACGAACGAAUCAAUUGGAAAAUAUUUCAAUGUUGAGAACGGAAAAGUUUUACGAUGCCAUGUGAUGCAACGAUCUGCUGAGCGUUAUGAUGAAUCACUACACGAAGGUGAUCUUAUUAUUUUUGUGGUUCACCAUAUAGCAUUUGAUCUCAGCUCUAGCAAAUCAUUUCUAAAAGCCUUUCAGCGAGCAUGCUGGGCGAAUGAAUAUCAGCGAUCAGUGUUAACUAUUCCACAAUAUAUUGACUUUGCAUUGUACGAACAGGCACUGCUAGCCGACACAGACACAGAGUCAAAAAUGAACAAGGCUCGUCGGUUUUGGGCUAAUCUUAUGCAUGGAUACGACUGGGAUAGGAUACGACAUUUGGUGCCCGAUGAAGGCCAAACUGAUCGACGUCAUUCUGGCCGUGGCUAUUCAACUGCAUUUACUAUCGAUCAAGAUGUUGUCGAUGCAAUGAUGUUGUUUGCUUCAAACAACAACGUGACAAUGUUUUCAUUGUCUCUUGCCUGUUACUAUGCAUUUUUAUUUAAGCUAACCAAUCAUGAUGAUGACUUAUGUGUAGUAAGCAGCGUAGCCAAUCGUCUUGAGAAAGAGACACAAGAUAUGAUUGGUGAACCAAUCUAUGAUCAAUGUAGUAUAUCUAUCAGCAACUUAUCACUUAAUUUACCCGAAGAAAUCGAAGAAAUACAAGAAGUAAUCUUUCACAGAUUACCGGCUAUUGCAAAUGAAGCACCAGCUUCCUAUGCACAAGCUCGCAUAUGGCUCGAUGAGCGAAUUCGUUUCGAUCCAGACAAACCUCAAGUAGCAAUUUAUAAUAUGCCUUUUGUUUAUCGUCUCUUUCCAGAACAUACUUUAUCAAUAGAACGAUUACUUCAUGCUCUCCAAUUAGUUAUUCUAAAACAUCAAUCACUUCAUACAUCACUUGCCUUUGACAAAGACAGAAACCAAGUCAUACAACGAAUCAUUGAAUUGAACACUAAUCAUAAACAAAUGAUUUCAGUUAUCGAAAGUAUUUAUGAAACAGAUGAACAACUCACUAAGAUUAUGCAUAAUGAAAAACGUAAUCCUCAAGUUUUUAAUCUUUCUCAAGGUCUUGUCUUUCGAUGUCAUAUUAUUCAUUAUAAACAAAUCUCUUCAAAUCAUCUUCUUUCUCACAAAGAUCUACUUAUCUUCAAUUUUCAUCAUGCUCUAUUUGACUUUCCAUCAAUGCAGAUGUUUCAUCAUGAUCUCAGUCAAGCAUACACAACAGGCCAAUUACUAUAUGAUGACAACGCUAAUCUACGUUAUAUCGAUUAUGCUGUUAUUGAACAACAAAUGUCAAUGACUGGUGCAAACAUGUUUUGGCUUGAUGCUCUUCGUGAUUGUAAACUUGAUCAGCCUUUGUCAUUACCAUUUGAUCGAUAUCGUCUUGCAAAUGAACAUCGAACUGGUCGUGGAACAUCUAUUUCUUUUGAUUUUGGUCACGAUCUUUCACAUGACUUUCUUAUUCAUGCAUCAUCAAAUAGCAUAUCACUGGAACAUCUCGCUCUUGCUAGUUAUUAUGUGUUUUUAUUCAAACUGACGAAUGGUGAAAAUGAUUUAUGCAUUGGAAUAAAUACACAUGGUCGAUAUAGAGAUGAACUCAACUCUAUCAUUGGAAUGUUUGUGAAUGCUAUACCUUUGCGAUGUCAACUCGAUCCUCAUUUAUCAUUUAAUAAACUUACCAAGCACGUUCGAGAUAACAUGAUAAACUGUAUUAAGUAUUCAUAUUUUCCACUUCAACGUAUUCUCAAUCAACAUCCAAAUAUAUCAAAUCCUGUAUUUCUUGAUACAUCAUUUGAGUUUAUAUCAUCUAUGUCAAAAGAUGAGAAAAAUGAAAUAAUGCUUGGUGAUAGUCGAUUUUGUUUACUACCUUAUUCCAUCAAGAUUAGUGAAGAUGAAGUAAUGAGUAAAUUUGACUUUAUUCUUAGUUUUCAACAUGAUCUGAAUCUCAAUGAACUCUCAUGCACCAUCGAUGCUUCACUUGAUUUAUUUAAUGCUGAAACAAUUUGUGUAAUAGCACAAAGAUUUCAGACAAUGUUACAUCAACAAUUCACAUCUUUCGACUGUACAACAAACAAACCAGUCUAUGAAAUACAAUUAGCAUUACCAAAUGAACAAUAUCUGGUGCAAUCAUUGAAUAAUACACAAAUAUCGUUUUUAUCUCCUCUCACUUGUAUUCAUCAUGAGUUUGUAUAUCAAGUAAUGAAACAUCCACAAAAACUAGCAGUUGAACUGGACGAACAAUCAUUGACAUAUUGUGAACUGUUAUAUUAUGUUCAAGUGUUAUCUUCUACUCUUCUUAAUGAAUAUUUUAUCACUUCAGGUGAGGUCGUAAUUGGUAUAAUGGGAAUUGAAAUGGCUGGUGGUGUAUAUUGUCCAUUGUCACCUCGAGAUCCACAACAUCGUUUGCAUGCACUCACACAACAGACCCAAAGUCGUCUUGCACUUAUUCAUCAUUUAACUACUUCAAAAUUCGAUCAUGAUAUUGCUGCACUUGAUAUUGAUUCAAUAUUAAAGAGUAAUAAUAUGGAUAGUGACAUAAAUUAUAAUUGCUUUUCAAGUGUGAUGGUGAAAAGUGAAGAGAUAGCAUACAUUAUUUUCACAAGUGGUUCAACUGGCACACCUAAAGCGGUUCAAGUUCGACAUAAGAACUUUAUUGAUUGUAUGCAUUCUUUAGUUUAUAUUAACUCAUUUAAUAAAGAUGAUACAGUAGUACAAAUGACACGAUGCUCAUUUGAUAUUCAUGUUCAAGAAAUACUUGGCACAUUGUUAGUUGGAGGCACAUUGAUUAUGCUUCAUCUAGGUGGAACGAUUGAUCUCAAUUAUUUAUCCGAAUGGAUAUUUAUUGUUAUAGGUGAACCUUUUUCUGUUCAUUUGAUUAGUUUAAUUGUGAACAUCGGUAUAACAAACUGUAUUGUAUGGAAUUUGUAUGGUCCGGCAGAAGCAACCAUAGGUUCUACAAUUCAUUGUAUGUAUGUUACAAAUGAUGUAAAGAGUAUUCCAAUUGGUAGACCAUUUUAUAAUUACCGAUGCAUGAUUAUUAAUCAAUAUUUACAAUCAUCCGUCACCAGCCAAGAAGCUGAGUUGCUAGUGGGUGGAGUGGGUGUCUUUGCUGGUUAUCUCGGUCGUGACGAAUUAACUGCAAAAGCUCUUCUUGAAAUAGAUGGUGAACUAUUUUAUCGAACUGGUGAUCUUGUUAGAAUGGAUAACAAUGGUCUUCUGCAUUAUCAAGGAAGAAAAGAUCACCAAAUCAAAUUACGUGGUCAAAGAAUUGAACUUGGUGAAAUCGAACGAUGUCUACUUAACACUACAUCGAUCUCUGCUUGUGUUGUUAUGAAAUGGAAUGAUGAUUAUUUAGUUGCUUAUGUUCAGUCUUCUCAUACCACAGAAGAACAACUACGUGAACAUUGUCAAUCUCAUCUUCCAUCACAUAUGAUUCCAUCUAUAUUCAUUAUACUCGAUAAAUUACCUUUGAAUCCAAAUGGAAAAAUAGACAGAAAACAUCUACCACCACCUAAUUUUUCAUCGUCAACUGAUAAUAUUGGUGAUAAUGUGCCGCGCAACACCUUAGAACAACAGUUACAAGAUAUAUUUAGUCAAGCUUUCCAUAUUGAAUCUCCUCAUGUUGAUGUUCCUUUUGGCCGACUUGGUGGAACGUCAUUGGAUGCUGUCCUUGCACUUACAUUAAUCCGUGAACAGGUCUCUAAUAAAGUUGACAUUGGUCUUUUAUUUACUAAUCCAUCUAUUCGACAAUUGGCGAAAGCUAUAGAACCUUUAUUAGCUUUCGAAGAACUACAAAAGACAGCUUCCACAGUCAAUGAAAUUCAUGAGACAAGUGUUCAUCUGACGCCUUCAUUCGUAGUUGAAUCUUUAGGUGUUGUACUUCUUGUUUGCCAGUGGUUGUUGCCAAUCAUGAUAAUUCAUCAAUGGUGCCCACUUCUUUUUCCUAUCUUACCAAUAUGUCAUCUUCUAUUCUAUGUCAUUUGCUCACGUCUACUUUCACCGCGAAACAUCAAAGACGACAAUAUUUUCUCUUGGAACUACUAUCGUUGGUGGUUUUUAGAUCGACUAUGGAAUAAUAAUACAUUUUGGCUACAACAUAUACUUGGUACACCUUUUUACAAUUACUAUCUUCGUCUUUGUGGUGCUCGAGUUAGUCUUAAUGCACAUAUUUAUACCACAACCAUGGAUGCUCCAUGGUUGUUAGAUAUUGGUGAUGGAACUUGGAUUGCUGAUAAAACGAAUCUAAACUGUUUAUAUUUCAAUGAUGACUAUACUUUUGCAUUACAUUCAAUUAGAAUUGGCUGCUAUUGUUCAAUCAGUGCCCGAUCUAUUCUUUUUGGUGGAGUUGAUAUGCAAGACAAUAUUAUUGUUCAGCCUAUGUCAUCAGUCACUGACUUCAUCGGAUCUCGAACGAUUAUCGAUGGUGACGAACAUAAAUCAGCUUCAUCAGACAUCUCAAUCACAUAUACUAACCGAUUAUUAUUGAAAUGGCACAAGAUCUAUCAAGUUAUUACAAUCAUCUCCCUCACCUGUAUUCAUUGUACACUCUUAGCUAUUGUCUACAAAGUUUAUUCAGUUCAACAAGUAUCACUACCUAUUAGUAUUGCUUUUUGCUGGACUUUGUGGUCAAUUAUUGCUUGUUUUGUUAGUCUCUUUCUCUUAAAAUUCGUAGUCGGUUCUUGUGUUGCUGGUGAGAUAUAUCCAAUUGUAUCAUGGUCAUAUUUACAUAAGGUGUGGCUUCGUCAAUUAAUUGUAUCUAGUUUUCAUUAUGCCUGGUUACUACCAACUCAUCAUGAUCAACUUUAUCCGUUUAUUCUUCGUUGGCUAGGUGCUCAAGUCGAAGAUGAUGUCAAACUCGGUGAUAUAGACAUCUUCUUGUCCUACCCAACAAAUUUAUUAAAACUAGAAACAGGAGUCACUAGUUUUGCUUACGUUUUAUUAGUUCCUACUGAGAUGACACUUGAGGGUGACCAUCGUGUAGAUUAUCUAACGCUUGGAUCCCAUACAAACCUUGCGAAUGGAUGUUCAAUUUUACCAGGUAGUCAUCUUGCAUCUCAUACUAUGGUUGGCAAUUUAACACGUAUCACUCGAGAAACAAAUAGCAACAAUGGAGAUGUUUACAUUGGUGUUCCAGCACGUGCUAUGCCAUUUCAAAUGCCCAUCAAAGAAGUUAUGAAAGAUCAAAUUAAUACUGUUCCAUUUUGGAAAGCUUGUUUUUCUCGUUAUAUUAGCAAAUGUCUUCUCAUAAGCAUCUAUUGGUCAUGUGGUCUUGUUGGUGGACCAAUCAUUCAUACAAUAAUUGUUUGCAGUUUAUAUCGAUGGCAUUCAUAUAGAGACACAAAAAUAAGCAAACAAAUAAUAGAAAGACUACAAGAAGAUCAUCGAAUUUUUAUCGGUUCAUUUCUUGGCAAUACUCAAUGGCUAAUUCGGCUAUUUCGAGCACAUGGUGUGAAUAUCGGUGACAAUGUGAUCUUACCCGAUGUUUCUUCUAUUUUUGAUUACAGUUUGGUGACUAUUGGAGAUAAUGUUCGACUCAGUAUCAAUGCUCAUAUUGUGUGUCACACAUUUGAACAGCGUAUUUUGAAACUGGUUCCUGUUACAGUAGGCAACUCAUGCGUUCUUAUGAGUGGAUCAGUUGUAAUGCCAGGUUGUAAAUUAAUGGGUAACAAUCGGCUUUAUCCUUUUACACUUGUAAUGAAAAAUGAUCUAUUGCAAUCAAAUACACAAUGGAAAGGACUUCCUGCACAAUCUUAUGUAGCAAAACCGAUAUUAUCUCGAUCUGCAUCCGUUUGUAAUGAUGUCAUCAUAUGUGAACAGAAAUCUAACAACUUUGAUCGACUGUCUUUGUGGUAUAUACAAAUUUCAAAUGUCUAUAAGAAUGGCAAUGAACUACAAUUUAUGAAUUGGGGUUAUGCAGAUUUGGAUGAGCAUAUUGAUGACAAUACUGGUUACUAUUCGAAGAAACUUUAUCAACAAGUUCUUGCUAAUGUAACACUUACAAAUCAAAAUAUACUCGAAGUAAGUUGUGGCAGAGGUGCUGGUGCUGCCUGGUGUGUUCGUACAUAUGCUCCUCGCUCUUAUGUUGGAAUAGAUCCUUCUCGAGAUGUUAUCAACCUAUGUGAACAACUUUAUUCGACAAUUCCUCGACUCUCGUUUAUGACAGCUGAUCCAAAAACUCAUUUACCAUUUCAAAAUGAGUCAAUGAAUGUUGUUCUCUCAAUUGAAACAACAAAUCUUUUUGAUGAAAAAGAAGCAGUAACGAAAUUCGUCGAUGAACUUACUCGUGUGCUUACUCCUAAUGGAUACUUCCUCUGGUGUGGCUUGUGUAAUGUAAAUGGAUCAAAUAUAUUGGUUGAUUAUUUAACAGCAAGUAAUGCAUUUAUUAUUAAAGAGAAGGUCAAUAUUACCCCAAAUGUUCUUCAUGCACUUGAUAUUCAAAGUAACUCACGUACUGACUUUAUUGACCGUUAUAGUCAACCUGCAGAUCAAGAAUAUUGUCGUCUCUUCGCUGGAUUACCUGGCACUCAACUUUAUGAUAAUAUGCAACAAGGACAUGCAGAAUAUUGUCGAGUUGUAUUCCGCAAGAAUAUAACAAAAAGACACCUCUUAUCUAACAUUAAAUUUUGA